UUCACUCAAUUCCAAAGGUUUCGUUACCACGACUUAAAGUGGGCGUGUUUCCGGAGGUCUUGGAAAAACGAUCUCUUUAAAAAAAAUAGCAUACUACGAAGGACAAAACAGUUAUACAGGUAGAUUUAUUUUAGAAAACAAAUAAACAACCAAAUACUACGGUUAUGGUUAGGGAUAGGGCUAGAUUAUCAAAUAGGCCACGCCUACCCGAUGACGCAAUAUCUGUUACGCUGUUCUGAAAUCCCUGGAAAUAAGUGCCUGCCGUGUUUUGCUGUAGUUUAAUCGAGACAAAAGCGAGAGAAAAGUAAAGCUCUUCUCCUGCUCUUCUGUGCCCCGUUGCAUUAUGGGACAGUGCAGUGUGCAUCUUCUUCAUUCUGCAGAAUCUCAGCGGAAGCAGCAGAUCAUCAGUGCUGAUGGUGGUGUUGUGUCUCCUCAGCCAUGCAGCUCUGCAGCCUUCAUCACUGUGUCCUCUUCUUCCUCACCCUCACAUUCACCACUCUUCCUGUCUCAGCUCUUGAGAUCUGUCCUAAACGGGUGAAGCUUCAACAGCCAGUGACGCUCUCAUGUACACAUCGAUGUUCUGGUUUAUUACAAUGGAACUUACUUAGUAAUCGUGGUGUUGUCCUGGCUCGGUGUGAUCAGUCAUCAUGCUGGGCAGAGAAGGGAUUUAAUAUCUCUCAUGAUAAAUACCUGAAGGGUGAUCUCUCUCUCACCAUCACUGAAGCUGAUUACAGUAAGAGGAACUUGUACGCAUGUGAAUGUGGAGACUCAGACUACGCUCUUGUGCGCCUCGUCAUAGAGACUGUGCUCACACCAGUUCAGAUGAAGUCUGAUGAAGAUCUGAAGCUGAAGGUGUCUGUACCAGAGCCAGUGGAGGUGAUUUAUAAAAGUGGUGAUUCAGCUGAUGAAGUGAUCUGCAACGUGACUAAAGACUCACUACAGUGUAAAGAUGAUUACAGACACAGAACAUCACUCACUUACCCUGAGCUCACACUGAGAGACAUGAAGCCGAGGGAUAGUGGAAGUUACACCAUCCGGGACACCAAGAAUAAUGAAGACAUUCAGAUAUACACCGUGUCUGUGAAAGCUGUGUUCACGCCAGUUCAGAUGAAGUCUGAUGAAGAUCUGAAGCUGAAGGUGUCUGUACCAGAGCCAGUGGAGGUGAUUUAUAAAAGUGGUGAUUCAGCUGAUGAAGUGAUCUGCAACGUGACUAAAGACUCACUACAGUGUAAAGAUGAAUACAGACACAGAACAUCACUCACUUACCCUGAGCUCACACUGAGAGACAUGAAGCCGAGGGAUAGUGGAAGUUACACCAUCCGGGACACCAAGAAUAAUGAAGACAUUCAGAUAUACACCGUGUCUGUGGAAGCUGUGUUCACACCAGUUCAGAUGAAGUCUGAUGAAGAUCUGAAGCUGAAGGUGUCUGUACCAGAGCCAGUGGAGGUGAUUUAUAAAAGCGGUGAUGCAGCUGAUGAAGUGAUCUGCAACGUGACUAAAGACUCACUACAGUGUAAAGAUGAUUACAGACACAGAACAUCACUCACUUACCCUGAGCUCACACUGAGAGACAUGAAGCCGAGGGAUAGUGGAAGUUACACCAUCCGGGACACCAAGAAUAAUGAAGACAUUCAGAUAUACGCCGUGUCUGUGGAAGCUGUGUUCACACCAGUUCAGAUGAAGUAUGAAGAAGAUCUGAAGCUGAAGGUGUCUGUACCAGAGCCAGUGGAGGUGAUUUAUAAAAGUGGUGAUUCAGCUGAUGAAGUGAUCUGCAACGUGACUAAAAACUCACUACAGUGUAAAGAUGAUUACAGACACAGAACAUCACUCACUUACCCUGAGCUCACACUGAGAGACAUGAAGCCGAGGGAUAGUGGAAGUUACACCAUCCGGGACACCAAGAAUAAUGAAGACAUUCAGAUAUACGCCGUGUCUGUGGAAGAAAAGCCUGGUUUUCCUGCAUUUGGGAUUGUACUGAUACUGAUUCUGCUCUGCUGCUGUGUUGGAGCAGGAAUAUUCCUACUGUAUAAACACUGUAUGAGAAAACAGUUGAAGUGGCGACUCCAACAAGUGGACCAGCUUGUACAGGAGGCUUUAGAAGGAACAGAGAAGAAGAUCAGAGAAGAGGAGAAGUCAGUCGAUCAGCUGCAGAUGAGUGGGAGGCGACUACAACUAUUGAAAGGAACAGGAACUGGAGGAACAGAGGAGAAGAUCAGAGAAGUGGAGAAGUCACUCGAUCAGCUGCAGCAGCAGUACAACAACACUGUAUAUAAAGACAAGGUCAAAGUGUUCUGCAGUGACAAGAGGAUACAGCUGUUGGAGAGGCGACAGCAACUAGUGGACCAGCUUGUACAGGAGGUGGACCAGCUUGUACAGGAGGCUGAAGGAACAGAGGAGAAGAUCAGAGAAGUGGAGAAGUCACUCGAUCAGCUGCAGCAGCAGUACAACAACACUGAAUAUAAACACAAGGUCAAAGUGUUCUGCAGUGACAAGAGGGAACAGCUGUUAAAGUGGCGACAGCAACUAGUGGACCAGCUUGUACAGAAGGCUGCAGGAGGAACAGAGGAGAAGAUCAGAGAAGUGGAGAAGUCACUCGAUCAGCUGCAGCAGCAGUACAACACUGAAUAUAAUCACAAGGUCGAAGUGUUCUGCAGUGCCAAGAGGAGACAGCUGUUAAAGUGGCGACAGCAACUAGUGGACCAGCUUGUACAGAAGGCUGCAGGAGGAACAGAGGAGAAGAACAGAGAAGUGGAGAAGUCACUCGAUCAGCUGCAGCAGCAGUACAACAACACUGAUUAUAAAGACACGGUCAAAGUGUUCUGCAGUGAAAAGAGGAUACAGCUGUUAAACAGCCAACUGCUAACUCUGGUACAACCUUUAAAGAAGAAUGAAGAGUGGAAAAAGGAGGACAUUGAACGUUUGGAGAGGGAGCUGAAUCAGAUGAUGUACCUGUACAGGAAGUCUGAACAUUUAAAUGAUGUCUUUUUGCUCUGCAUGGAACAUAGGUCACAGAUUAGCUGGAACAGAUUACAGUACAGCCAAGAAGAACCUUUUAAGACCAAGAGAAGUGAGUUGAAGGGGAAACUGGACCGUGUGGACAAGCUUCUACAGACUAAAGAAUGGACAAAGGAGAAGUACAUAGAAGCAUAUAAUGCAACAUGUGAGCUGGAGCUGCAGUACAGCGACACUGAAUAUUCAAAACAGGUCUCAAAGAUCUGUGAUGAAAAGAGGGAACAGCUGAACACACUGGAUUUUUACAGUCUAACAUCUGACGAAGAGGGGACAUGUAUACAAUGAUGUCAGACUCGGCUCUGUGACGGCUCUCUAACCGAUGGAAAGGCAAACUGGUUCUUAGAAGGUUCGCCAGUGGAAACAACUUUGAACCAGCACCAGCUCUGAACCAACCAGAAACGAUUUGUCGUGUGUGUGUGUGUGUGAUGGAGCAGGGUGAGAGCAGCAUGGAGAUCAAGUGUUGUGGAGAGAAGAGAAUGAGUUAAAAGACCAACACACACACACACACACACAUACACACACACUUUAGGAGUAACAGAAUACAUAAUCCGGAAUCAAAAAAUGAGGAUCUGUUAUAGUUCAGAGCAAAGUAUCUUGAGUCCUGUAGAUUUUGUAAAAAAAAAAAAAAAAAAAAAAGUCAUGUUCAUGUGUCUGCUGUAAACGUCUUUAAUGUUGUUUUGAUUGUAACGAUGUUUUCUUGUGUUUAACAUCUUGAACAUUUUACAUUUGAAGAAGAAAAUGUUAAAGAUCUGCUCCAACUGUUACACCAAUAAUAUGAUUAAUAUGAACAUGUUGGGGCACGGUGGCGUAGUGCUUAGCACGUUCGCCUCACACCUCCAGGGUUGGGGUUCAAUUCCCGCCUCCGCCUUGUGUGUGUGGAGUUUGCAUGUGCUCCCCGUGCCUCGGGGGUUUCCUCCGGGUACUCCGGUUUCCUCCCCCGGUCCAAAGACAUGCAUGGUAGGUUGAUUGGCAUCUCUGGAAAAUUGUCCGUAGUGUGUGAUUGUGUGAGUGAAUGAGAGUGUGUGUGUGUGCCCUGUGAUGGGUUGGCACUCCGUCCAGGGUGUAUCCUGUCUUGAUGCCCGAUGACGCCUGAGAUAGGCACAGGCUCCCCGUGACCCGAGGUAGUUCGGAUAAGCGGUAGAAAAUGAAUGAAUGAAUGAACAUGUUGAGUAACAAAGCUUCAUGCUGUAAAAUGAAUGUAGUUAUUUUACAGUUUUUAUUCAGAUUGUGGAUUUUGUCAGUGCUUUUGAAGGUUUUUGUGAUUUUACUGCAACCUUUUUUACAUGUAUUUGAUUAAACUAACCCAUAUUGUAGAGGUUGAACACAGGAACUGAAGAUGUUUUGAAGCUGUGAGGAAAGUGCAGAUGAUAAUAGAGAAGAGAUUUUGGUGCUUUUCUUGUGGACUGAAUGAAGCUCUAGACAUAAGAAGUAACUAAAUGAACAGACUGAGAUGUUCCUGCGCCGUGUCUUCAGACUAACACUGUCAGGAUGAAACUGCAGGAGUUCUGAAGUUUCUCUCAGCAGAUUUACUCUGGUCUUUGUUUCAUGAUGAACACAGUUCACUUUAUCGCUUCUCACUGGAUUUGCUUGAGGAAAAAAGCUUUUCUGUAUUUUGUGUCGCAGAAACAUUUCUGUGGUGUAAAAAUGUUUGUGCUGCAUGUUUUAUAUUAAAGGGCAGCGUCAUUGUUUUUAUAGCUUACACACUAACACACUUACAGCUACACAAACUUAUACACAAACAUAUAAACUCUUAUACACACAGUUACAGCUGCAUGUAUCAUUUACUCUGUAUGUGCUUUUAAAGGCAGAAUAAAUAAAAGUGUCUUAGAUCAUUUUA